AAACUAAUAAAGAAAAUGCCAAAACCCCUUCAGAAGUCUCUUCAGGACUAUAUUUCCAAGAUCAAAAAACGAAAAACCUACUCGCGUAAAUUCCGUGUCCCCUCUAGAAUUUUGUCAUACUCUUCUAAGAGGAAAAUUCUAAGAGCUUGCAAGCAUCCCAAGACACGAUCGAUUGCUGUCGAUGAUGCAGCAGCAACGCUAGCAGACAUUGAUAAGUUUAUGUUCGAGAAUUUCAAUUCGUUGUAUUUGGAGGACGACGAAGAAGAUGACAAGAAGCAGAAAAUUCAAGAAAAUGAUCGCGGCCUAUCAAGCCCGGAUUAUGAAGAAAAAAUCGGGACGAUUUUGCUGGAAUCGCCCCGGUUCACCGAUCCGCCACCGGAUCUUUGCGGAUCCCAUCGCUUUUUUGUGGGCUCCACCUCAUCGAGUUCUCUAAUCACGAAAUCGAGCACAAUUGCGUCCGACGACAAAGGCUCGAGCUCUGCCACCACCGCCGUCGGUAAAAUGGGCGCGGAUGAUUUCAUCACGAUUUUGAAAUACUCUCCGAGUCCGUACAACGAUUUCAGGAACUCGAUGGAGGAGAUGAUCGAGGCGCGGCUGAACGAUCGGGGCAGGGUGGAUUGGGAGUUCAUGGAGGAGCUUUUGUUCUGUUACUUGGAUUUGAAUGAGAAGAAGUCUUACAAGUAUAUAUUGAGCGCUUUUGUCGAUCUCGUCGUUGUUUUGCGGGAAAAGUCCGGCAGAGUUCCGGUGAAAUCGCGGCGUGGUCCGUCGGCCGGCGAUCGGAGAAAGUAAUUGAAAGAGAUUGUGUAAUGCCAGGUUUGCUGAACAAAUGUAGAUACAAUGGAAUUGUGUAAUGUAAGCUGCCAAAUGUGAAUGUAAUGAUUAUAAAAAAAAAGAA